AUGCCUCAUGUUGUUAAAAUAGGUAGUAGUGGUGUGCAAUCAAAUGAUCAAGAACAUGAAACACCACAACUUUGCACUCAAGAUAGCUUGGAAAAUACUACCCUUGGUGAAGAUGUUGCAUCUGCACCGGUUGUGAAUGCGCCUAAACAAAGAUUCCAACCGAAAGAAGAUGAAAUUCUCAUUCAAUCAUGUCUCAACGUUUCAAAGGAUUCAAUUGUUGGAGUUGAUAAAAAAGGAGAUAGUUUCUGGAAGAGAAUUGGUGAAGCAUUUAACAAGCAUCGUGACAUGAAUUACAAAGAGAGGAAACCGAUGGCACUAAAAGGUAGAUGGCACAAAAUUAAUCCAUCUGUUCAAAAGUUUGUUGGAUGCUACAAACAAGCAUUUUCUACACAAAAAAGUGGGAGCUCCGAAAACAAUAAUGCUGCGUAUAGAAUUUAUUUUCAAGAUGAAGGUGAAAAGUUUACAUUUGAGUCUGCUUGGAGAUUAUUGAAAGAUGAACCUAAAUGGCUCGCAGGUUCAUCAGAAGCUUCUGCAAAAAGAACAAAGAAUUCAGCAUCUGGAGCAUAUUCUUCGUCUUCUAACCCACCGACACCAAUGAGCAGCGAAUACAAUCCAUCAUCACCUACUCUGUUACGUCGUCCAAUCGGUCAAAAGACAGCCAAAAGGAAGGAGAAAGAAAAGAUGGUGGAAAUGUCUAUUCCAAAUGUUAAAUAUGAUGAAUUCAAAGAUGAAUUCAAAAAGAAAACUAAUUUGAUGUCAGUGUUUGCACAAGACUAUGCACGUAUUGAGAGUGAAAAACUCGAGAUUGAAAGAAAAAAGGUUGAAGCAAAGAUUAAGAAGGCCGAGAUGAAAGAGGAAAUAUUGAAGAUUGAUGAUCUACAAAUUGUCUCAAAGGAUACAUCAAAUAUGAAUUCAAGAUAA